AUGGCAACAAAUCGUGAGGAGCAGUUCCCUGCUCCUGUUCAGGCUCCUCCUGAUCCCCCAACCAUUCAUCCGUCGUUCAUUCAGGUUCCCCAUCCUUACAUUUGCGAGCAAACAAUCCAGGCCUCUUUACUUACAUUGGGUGUGGACACAUCAAAAGAACAGAUACUGUUACACGGUGUGCAUUGGAUUGAUAUGUUGCGGAGAGAACUGCAGCUUCCCUACAAAACUUUCUGCACUGCCGCAAUGUACUAUCACCUGUUUCGAUUGAACUACACAGAUUCUGAGAACAACUUCUUGGAUGCCGUGUCAGCAGCUUUAUUCACUGCAUGCAAGGUUGAGGAUACACUCAAAAAGUCUCGCGAUAUUGCGUGUGCAGUCCACAAUCUCAAACUACCUCAGAAAGCCCAUUUGCAACCAGAUGAUCCAGAGCUUGAAACCAAGUCUCGAAACAUUAUUGGACUUGAACGACUCAUGCUGGAAGCAUCUGCUUUCGACUUCCGCUCACGUCACCCUCAGGUGAUUCUCAUGACAUUGGCCAAAUGUGUGUACAAACUAGAUCCGGAAGUUACUCGCAUGGCCUAUCGCAUCUCACUGGAUCUCUUCCGAACCUAUGCUCCACACAAGCAGUCAACUGCAUCACUAGCGUUGAGUUGCCUUGAGCUUGCAUACCUGCUGAUGGAUAAGCCCAAAGAUGGAAUUGUAUGGGGAAAUAUCUACCACGACUGCCAAACAAACCGCCAAAACAUUCUAGAAACCAUUUUUGAUCUCCUUGAACUUUACACUCACCACCGCCCGCUCACCGACGUCGGGAAUCAGUUUCCACCCGAGAGGUUUCUCACUGUCCGGAUCCCUCUCAACGCAGAGGCUGUAGCAGGCAACAUCCCGCGACACGCAUGGUCAAUCCGGAAACCCAAGGACCUUGUCAAGCCAAUGGAACAUCCACUGACUGCCGUCGCUGCCAAUGGCGAUCGCUAUAAGCAAGAUGGUGGCCCGAAUGCUGCUGUACGAUAUAUGCUUGAUUUCUACAGUGCCCAGACUGAGCAGGAAACUGUUUCGAAUUAUUUCAAAGAUCUGGAAGAGUACUGGUCUGAAGGUUAG